AUGUAUAGAUAUGAUGUAUCUUCCCAGAGAAGAUCUUGGCCGUUAUGGAGAACUAUCCUUAUUUUUCUUGGAGUCGUGGCAAUCUUGGGAUUAACUAUUGGUCUCCUGGUUCAUUUUCUGGCAGUUGAAAAGACUUACUAUUACCAAGGUGAUUUUCAUAUUUCUGGAGUCACAUACAAUGAUAAUUGUGAAAAAGCAGUUUCAUAGGCCAGCACAUAUCUGAACAAAGAUAUUGAGACCAAGAUGUCUGAUGCACUUCAAAAUUCUAGUGUAUACAAAGAAUAUAUAAACUCAAAAGUCAUCAAACUUCUUCCUGAUUCCAAUGGUUCAAGUGUACAGUUAGAGUUGACAUUCAAGUUUCCUCCAGCAGAAAAGAAUAGCAUGAGGACUAAAAUCAAGGCUAUCUUACAUCAGAUGUUGAAGGACAACAUGGCAUCCUGGAAUGUGGUUCCCACUUCCAUUAAAGUUACAGAAAUCAGCAAGAAUAAUGUUGAAGUGCUUACCAACAACUGUUGUGGGAGAAGACUGACCAACAGUAUCACAGUAGGCAACCGAAUUAUUGUGAACGGGGAAAAUGCCCUGGUGGGGGCCUGGCCAUGGCAGGCAAGCAUGCAGUGGAAAGGUCAACACCACUGUGGUGCCUCUCUGUUUAGCAGGAGGUGGCUCCUAUCUGCAGCUCACUGCUUUGCUAGGAAAAAUAAUCCAGAAGAUUGGACGGUUAACUUUGGAACUGUAGUAAAUAAACCGUAUAUGACAUGGAAAGUUCAAAACAUUAUUAUUCAUGACAAUUUUAGUGGCCCUGGGAUUCAUGAUGAUAUUGCCCUUGUAUAGCUCGCUGAAGAAGUCUCUUUUACGAAGUAUGUUCAUAAGAUUUGUCUUCCUGAAGCCAAAAUGAAACUCUCAGCAAAUGACAGUGUUGUAGUUACAGGAUGGGGAACAUUUUGUAUGAAUGGUCCUCUUCCAGUGAUACUUCAGCAGGCCUUUUUGAAGAUUAUUGAUAAGAGAGUUUGCAAUGCUCCAUAUGCAUUAUCUGGCUUGGUGACUGAUACAAUGCUAUGCGCUGGAUUUAUGUCAGGAGAAGCAGAUGCCUGUCAGAUCCAAGUUGUCAUCAACACUUGUUAA